AGCUGUUACUCGACUCGGGUCGAGGGCAUCAACCGAGCCUUGUUAACACCACAGGAAAUUCGAGACUCGGUAGACACAGAGCAUAACUCAGAUCUUCAAUAUGCUAUGCACCUAUUGCAGACUGCGAUGACUGGGAUCUUGCCAGACGGUUCCCAGACGACAACUCAAGCGAUAAACGCCAAUGUUUUGCCCAAUUACUGGCAUGCUAAUGUUGUAGGUAAUUUGCCUCGGGCAGGGGCAAGCAGACAUGUCGGGAAUCCGAAUGAUUAUUUCAUGGAUCGCUUUGGCUCUACCGGUAACCGGCAACCACUUCUACUCGCGGAUCGUGCCAUGAACCAGAACCGAGUGCAGCUUCUGGAUGCCACAAGGCGGAUUUCGCGUGCAGUGCCUCAACUGGCAAGAUUGCACAAUAUACAUCGCGAAUUUGACUUCAAUUGGUAUCAACAACGAACAGACCGAGCCAGACAGUGGGUCGAUGAACGGCUGGCACAGAUCUCGGCAGCGUACAGUCAAGCUUCCCCCCAGCUUGCAAAUUACCAGACUGUAACGGCGGCAGUGGCUCAAUUUCGAAAGGAACUCACUCACAUAAAGCCACCGCCGAAGAACCCAAAGAAG